AUGUUACAGAAUGUAGAAAACAGCACCGUCUCCCUUGGAGCUAGGGAUACUCAUGCAGCAUCCCAGGUGAAGUACUGGGGCCAAACAGUCCUUGGCAAUGUUUACUUGGAAGCAGGGAUGGUACAAGCAGGAGCAAGCCCUCAGGAAGCAGCAGUCAUAAUAUGCUGUUUUCGUUUGGGCUUCUGGCACUUCUUGCCAGACAGUACACGUACUGGUGUGAAGAAUGUACAGAACCCCUGCUUCUGCAGGGCUGCUCUUUUCUACUUGUUGACAUGGCAGGUACCUUUAUCAGCUCAGAAACGGGGUGGGAACCAGCGUGAACUUGCCCGCCAAAAGAACCUGAAGAAGACUCAGGAGACCCACAAAGGGAAAAGGAAAGAGGAUAGCUUGUCUGCUUCUCAGAGAAAACAGAGAGACUCUGAAAUUAUGCAGCAAAAACAAAAAGCGGCUAAUGAAAGGAAGUCUCUGCAGGCAGGAGCAAAAUGAGCUGCCUGUAUGGAGAAGAUAAAAGUGCACCAGUGAAGCCGAAGGGCCUAGAAGAUCAUUCAUAAAAGUGUCCAGCCAUUAAAUGAUUAAAUGUCUAUCUUGCGGAGUUGUUCAACUAGCAGUAGUUUAGAGUAUUUUCUGGUUAGCAUAGGCUUAGUUGUCUGGACUUCUGUUUCAAAACUGACUACACUCUUCUGCAUGCAUAUGAAUAAAAGUACCAAGCAAUAGCUUUACUCCAGCUUUUGCUGUAUUUGUUGGUUUCACUUAAUGGUUUCGGUAACAAUGAAUUUCUGAAUCUACAGUAGACCAGAUUUUCUUGUCUUAAUUCUUGAAGUACGGCUUCAUUCAGAAUGGAACACACUUGUAAAAUGUGCUUAACCUUACAGAGGUCUGAACUGUAAAUCUCAUCUUAAAGUAUUUUUACAAUAAAAUGUUGCAUGAAGUACUGUCUAAU